AUGGCAUCAGAAAUCCUCGGAAACGUUUCAGAAAAGGUCAAGAACAUGGCUGGUGAGCAGAACAAGAAGAUUGCUCAAUUGAGCGCAAACACCAAGGAUGUCCACGACGGGAGCCACAGAAUAACAAGUGACUACGGUGUCAAGCAGAAUGACACCGACCACUGGCUUGCAGCCACCAGCGAGGACAAGCAGGGUCCCCAGCUCCUGGAGGAUCCCUUUGGUCGCGAGAAGAUCCACCGCUUCGACCACGAGCGCAUCCCCGAGCGAGUCGUCCACGCCCGAGGCGCCGGCGCCUUUGGAAAGUUCACUCUGAACGAGUCCGCCGCAGAUGUCAGUAAGGCUGGUAUCCUGACCGACACCUCUCGCGAGACCCCGGUCUUCCUUCGAUUCUCCACCGUCCUCGGUAGCCGUGGUUCAGCAGACACUGUCCGCGACGUUCGUGGAUUCGCCGUCAAGUUCUACACUGAGGAGGGUAACUGGGACAUUGUUGGCAACAACAUUCCUGUCUUCUUCAUCCAGGAUGCUAUGAAGUUCCCUGAUGUCAUCCACGCUGGCAAGCCUGAGCCUGACAGCGAGAUCCCUCAGGCCCAGUCUGCUCACAACAACUUUUGGGACUUCCAGUACCUCCACCCCGAGACUACCCACAUGCACUUCUGGGCCAUGUCUGACCGAGCCAUUCCUCGGUCCUACCGUAUGAUGCAGGGUUUCGGUGUCAACACUUACACACUUGUGAACGACAAGGGCGAGAGGCACUUUGUCAAGUUCCACUUCACCCCCGAGCUUGGUGUUCACAGUUUCGUCUGGGAUGAGGCUCUCAAGAUUGCCGGACAGGACCCUGACUUCCACCGCAAGGAUCUGUGGCAAGCCAUCGAGGCUGGCUCGUACCCCAAGUGGAAGUUUGGUAUCCAGACCCUCAAGGAGGGCGAGGAAGAUCAGUUCGACUUCGACAUUCUCGACGCUACCAAGAUCUGGCCUGAGGAGUUGGUCCCUAUCCGAUACAUCGGUCAGCUUGAGCUCAACAGGAACCCCGACGAGUACUUCACACAGACUGAACAGGUUGCUUUCUGCACGUCGCACGUUGUUCCUGGUAUUGGCUUUAGUGACGAUCCGCUUCUGCAGGGCCGUAACUUCUCUUACCACGACACUCAGCUUUCACGUCUGGGAGUCAACUGGCAGGAGCUGCCUAUCAACAAGCCUGUCUGCCCUGUCAUGAACUUCAACCGCGACGGUGCUAUGCGCCACACCAUCACAAAGGGCAAGGUCAACUACUGGCCCAACCGCUUCGAGACUGUGCCUCCUGCCAAGGAGGAAGAGGGUGCUUAUAUUGACUACCCUGCCAAAGUUGCGGGUAUCAAGCAGCGUCUUCACAGCAAGAAGUUCAAGGAGCACAAGAACCAGGCCGAGCUGUUCUACAACUCCAUGUCCGAGCCAGAGAAGAGCCACAUCAAGGCUGCUUUCGCUUUCGAGCUUGACCACUGCGACGACCCUGUUGUCUACAAGCGCAUGGUUGAGCGUAUUGUAGAGAUCGACCUUGAGCUUGCUCAGGGCGUUGCUGAGAUGGUUGGUGCCGACAUUCCCCAGGAGGCAACUCGCCAGAAGCACAACAAGAAGGCCAAGGGUCUAUCGCAGAUGGACUUCUUGCCCACCACACCUACCAUUGCCACACGCAUGGUUGCCAUCUUGAUCGCAGACGGUUACGACAAGGUCGCAUACAAUGGCAUCAAGGCUGCCUUGACUGCACAGGGUGCUUUGCCAUUCACCAUCAGCCCAAGGAGGAACAAGAUCUUCGCUGACGGCGAGGACAAGAGCGGUGACGGUAUUGUCGCUGACCACCACCUCGAGGGUCAGCGCUCGACCAUGUACGACAGUGUCUUCAUCCCCGGUGGUGAGAAGUCCGUCGCCACUCUCAGCAAAAGCGGUCGCGCUAUCCAUUGGGUCCGUGAGGCUUUCGGUCACCUGAAGGCCAUCGGUGCUACUGGCGAGGGUGUUGCCUUCGUCAAGCAGUGCGUCGAGCUUCCUGAGAUGGAGUUCUCUACCAGCACAGACGUUAAGAACAGCUACGGUGUUGUCACAGCUGCCAAGGUCUCGCCUGAUGGCUUCAAGGAGGCUAUCAAGAUUGCUAAGGAGGCGGCUGACUUUGUUGGUCAGUACACAUACGCUAUCUCGUGCCACAAGAACUUUGAGCGUGAGAUUGCUGGCUUGAGCACUAUGGUUGCGUAUUAA